AUGAUGUCGCAAUUCGUUGAGCUCGUCUACCACUUCUGCGAGCUGUUGAAAAAGUUGAGCCGCGACGAUAUGCACAUUUCUGUCGUUGAUCUCCAUAUCCAACCCAACAUCCAACUCAUCGACUUCCUCUGGCACGUCGUUACGACCGUCGUCAGCCUCCAUAUCCAACCCAACAUCCAACUCAUCGACUUCCUCUGGCACUUCGUUAUGACCGUCGUCAGCCUCCAUAUCCAACCCAACAUCCAACUCAUCGACUUCCUCUGGCACGUCGUUACGACCGUCGUCUCCAGCACCGUCUCCAGCAACUUGUUGCUGUAA